CAUCAUGUGUGCGUUCAAUGCGGAAGCUUAUACCUACUAAAAUUAAGUAUCUCUAAAAGUUAUUUUAUCGUUUAAUUUUUAUAAAAUUAAAUCCUGAAAAAGUUAUCUUAACUUAAACGUAGCAAUAGAAUAAUAACACAAAUUGCAAUCGUAGCAAGUUUCGUGAAAAUUACGCGCUGUUUCAUUUUUCUGUUUGUUGUAUCUGCGACUUGAUCAGAUUCCUUUGCAUUCACAGAAAUUAAGAUACAUAGAGAAGAUGGAACUUCUAGAUGUUAUGAAAAACUUAACAAUAAAAACUGAUCAAUCAGAAAGUAAGCAACAGUUGUUUAAAUCCAUAGCGGCAGAUAUUGAUGAUGUCCAUACUGAAAUUGUUAUUGCUGAAUAUUCAGAUAAAAUGCUACUAAUUAUAUCACAAUUUCAAAAAAUUGGCAGUAUGUUGAUGAUACAAAAAGAUCAAAUCCAUAGUCCACUUGGUACAAAUGAUAUAUAUACAACAAAAGUUAUUUUUGGUGCUACAGGAGAAGAGCAACAAGUUGCUGCGAGGUACCUGGCAGAAGCAAUUAAUAUCACAAAGCCCUUGUGUUUAUUUAUUAACCUAAAGACAUAUGACAUUGAAACAGUGAAAGCUUGCAAGGAUAUUAUACUGGAUAUCAAAAAAAAAGAAGAAAAUAACUAACAUGGCUCUACAAGAAGCAAAAAGAUUUAAACCUGUACAUAAAUAUUAUGGCCAGCUGGUUCUUGGUCCACCUGGUGCUGGUAAAACAACAUACUGUUCAAAGAUGGCUCAACUGUUAAAAAACAUCGGCAGAAAAGUUGUGAUUGUAAAUUUGGAUCCUGCUAAUGACCUCAUGUCCUAUAAGCCAGACAUUGAUGUGCGUACAUUGAUUGAUUUUGAAGAAGUAAUGGAGAAGAAAAAACUGGGCCCCAAUGGAGCAUUAUUAUAUUGCAUGGAAUAUCUAGAGAAAAAUAUAGACUGGCUCCUUAAUCAGAUAGAGAAUGAUAACUGCACAAAUUUUAUUUUUGAUAUGCCUGGCCAGGUGGAACUUUACUGCCAUCAUGACAGUUUGUGCAAAAUAUUCUCAAAGUUGACUGAAGCAAAUCUACAGCUGUGUGUGGUUCAUUUAGUUGAUUCUCACCAUUGCUCUGAUGCUGGGAAAUUUAUAGCAGCUUUGAUGUUAUCCUUAAGUGCUAUGUUAAAAAUAGGUUUACCACAUAUUAAUUUACUCACAAAAGUGGACCUUUUGAAAAAACAUGUUGAUAAGUUACAUUUUGGCAUAGAUUUCUAUACUGAAGUCUUAGAUUUAAGUUAUCUUCUUGAUUGUUUAGACACAGAUAAGUUUACUAAUAAGUAUAAAAAGCUUAAUGGUGCAUUUGUUUCAAUUAUUGAAGAUUAUAGCCUAGUUAGUUUCCAGCUUGUCAAUGUGAUGAAACAAGAAAGCUUAGUUAAAGUUAAGAAUUUAGUGGAUAAGGCCAAUGGGUAUGUCUUCAAAGCAGAUGAAGGAAGAAACGUAACUAGUAUGUUGGCCUGCGCCAUGGGUGUUGAAGAACCAUCUGAUUAUGAUCUUACAAAUUUCUAAUAAAUUAUCAUUGUGUCAUAAUAAUUUCUUUUAUUUUAAAAUUUAUAUGUUGAUCAAAAUUUUUUCACCUUUUCUACACACAAACUGACUUCCCCAAUAUCCAUUAUAGGUGCUUGGCCAUCCACACAU